CAACACGAGCCGACCACAGCCACGGCAGCCGGACGAACCAACCGGCUGCGGACGCCCGUCUGAACUCAUCUCUGGCGAGCGCGAUGGCCGCAAACGGGGCGCUGCUCUCCGCCUCCUCGCCCUCCACUUCCGCCGCCUCCUCGCUCCUCCCUCGCCGUCCUCUACAUCGCCCCUUCCUCGCCUCCCGCCGAAGGGUGAGCUCCCGGGUCACCAUCAUGGCGGCGUUAGGCGAUGACCCAAUCAGGGAAUGGAUUCUUACAGAAGGGAAGGCCACGCAGAUUACAGGGAUCAGGUCAAUUGGGGGUGGCUGCAUUAACUCCGCUCAGCGAUAUGAUACUGACGCUGCCCCCUUCUUUGUAAAGACCAAUAGCCGCAUUGGUCCAGCGAUGUUUGAAGGGGAAGCUCUUGGUCUCAAGGCAAUGUAUGACACAAAGUCUAUCCGUGUUCCUUUGCCAUACAAGGUAGGAUCGUUACCAACUGGUGGUUCUUUUAUCAUCAUGGAGUUUAUUGAAUUUGGUCGCUCUAGGGGAGACCAGUCAGCUUUGGGAAGGAAGCUUGCUGAAAUGCAUAAGGCUGCUAAAUCUGAUAAGGGAUAUGGUUUCCAUGUUGACAAUACUAUUGGAAGCACUCCACAAAUUAACACUUGGACUGCUGAUUGGAUUGAGUUUUACUCAAAGCAUAGAUUGGGCUACCAGUUGGAGUUGGCAUCACGGCGAUUCGGAGAUUCAGCUAUAUACGAAAAAGGUCAGCGAUUGAUCAAGAAUAUGCGUCCACUUUUUGAUGGCGCUGUUAUUGAGCCCUGUUUGCUUCACGGUGAUUUGUGGAGCGGAAACAUUAGCUCCGAUACUAGCGGAGAUCCUGUAAUAUUGGAUCCUGCUUGCUACUAUGGGCACAACGAGGCAGAGUUUGGGAUGUCCUGGUGUGCUGGAUUCGGUGGGGACUUCUAUAACUCCUAUUUUCAGGUGAUGCCGAAACAACCAGGCUUUGAGAAGAGGAGGGACCUCUAUCUUCUCUACCACUACCUGAAUCACUACAAUCUUUUUGGCUCUGGGUAUCGUUCAUCAGCUAUGUCCAUAAUCGAAGACUACUUAUAUCUGCUGGCGGCUUAGUUUCUUCUGUUUAUUCUCACAUGAGAACGGAAGCCGGCAAUGUAUGUAUGCAUAGCAUGUUUCAUUGUCUACGUCUCAGUAUGUUGUGAAUUCAUUUUCUUGUAAAAUCUUUAGCUUUUUGUGUGCAUACUGCAUAGUUUCAUACUACAUCACUGUAUCAGCUACAAGAUCCCCAUAUCUGCAAAUAUUUCACUGUUAAUC